AUGGAUUAUAAUCAUUAUAAUUCUCGUAAAGUUUAUAAUCAACCUUUUCCAACUCAAAGUUCAUACAACAGUAGAACAAUUUAUGAUCCAAUGAUAAUGAAUCCAGAUCAAGCUUCUUCGUCUUCAAAUAAUCCAAAUACUCUUCACCCAACUUCUCUACACCCUCUCUCACCAACUUCCAACACUUCUUCAAAUAAUAGUAUGUAUCUAACAACCACAAUCAAUACAGAUGAUAAUAAUUUAUCUGAAAAAGACAUCGCAAAAAGAGUUCAUAGUAGUUUAUAUUCAAAGAGAAAAGAUAUUCAAAAUAAUGUUAUUAGGCAUUUUUAUGAUACAAAUGCUGUUUUUGAAAAUCCUCUUUUAUUGGUUGAAUCCCACGAGGAUAUAAUUAAUCAGUUCAUUUUAUUAUCAACAUUUUUUCAAAGUAUAAAACCAGAAGUUCAUAGUAUCACUGAUUCAGCAGUAACUGGUGGUCAUCAUAUAGUGGUGAUAGAUGCCGUAAUAAAAUAUCGUUUUCCGAUUAGAUUACCUCCAAUUCCAUGUCCACUUUUUAUAUGUAAUUUUUUACCAUUUGGUUGGCAUAGAACUCAUCACUCAAGUAUGUUUCAUUGUUCGAAUAAUGAAAUUGCUUUGAGAAUAAUAUCAAGGUUUGAAUUCAAUGAACAAAACAAAAUUGUUAGACAUGAAGAUAUGUGGAGUAUUAAAGAUUUGUUUGAAAGUUUACCAUUGGUUGGCUGGAUUUAUGCCGAAGUUUCUAGAAAAGUUAAUGGGAUGAUAACUGGCGGUAUUGUUGUGUUGGUUAGUGAAUUGGUCAAAGAAUGGAAUGAAUGGCAUGUUUAA